AUGACAAAAGUGCUCUCCAUCGGACUCGGCGGAGUCGGAGUCAUGGUGGCAUACACCUUGCAUAGAAAUAAUGGUUCCAAAAUCGAUCUCACAGCUGUGAUCAGAUCUGACUACGACAAAGUCACCAAAGAAGGAUACACCAUUUCCUCGGUGGAUUAUGGCGGAAGACGUGAAAAUGGCGACGCGAACGAAGCUGCGAACCAAAUCACGGGAUUCAAGCCUCACAAUGUUGUCAAGAGCUUGGAGGAAAUAGAGUCGGGUCCCUUUGACUAUAUUAUAGUUUCGACGAAAGUCAUUCCAAAAGACGAUGCAAAUAAUGUCUGGGAUCAGGUAGAGAAGAAUAAAGCUAAAUUGUUGAAACCAGACAGUAAAACCAGCAUAGUGUUGAUCCAAAAUGGAAUCGACAUUGAAAGCUACUGGAGCAAUUUGAAAGAUGAGGCUACCUUCAUCUCAGGAGUUUCCUAUAUCAGUUCUACGAACAAUAAAGGCACAAUCACGCAUUUUUCACACGAUUCUCUCGUUCUUGGGCUCUUUGAUAUCUCCAAGAUCCACGACGAUACUGCUUCGGCUGCGUUGGAGAAGUUGAUCAAGUUAUACUCUAAUGAUAUCAACACUACCAAACUCGACCAUAAUGCUCGUUACACGAGAUGGAAGAAACUCUUGUACAAUGCAACAUACAACACUGUAUGUUGUCUUUGUGAUUUGGACGUAGGCAAAGUAUACGAGUUAAAGGACACAGAUAACAUAAUCGACGAAGUAAUCUACCCUUUGAUGAAGGAGGUGCAACUUGUUGCUAACAGAGACUUGAGCAAAUACGACUAUGGAGAAUAUAACCAAAUUAUCGAAGAGAGACAAGUGGUCAAUAUGAUCAAGGAUACGGAAUUCUACGAUGCUCCAACUUAUUAUCAGCCAUCGAUGUUGGUAGAUUCCAGAAACGGCCGUUUGAUUGAGUUGGAUAUCAUUUUGGGCAACAUCAUCAAGCUCUACAAGAAGAAUAGUGAAGACAACAGAGGCAAGAUUGUUCAAGAAAUUCCGUACCUUAAUUUCCUUUUCUUGUUGCUUACAAUGGUCCAGCACAGAUUGAGAGGAAAUCAGUAA